GCUUUAAAAAACUCAUGGCGUAAAUGGAAUGAAAAAGUGACAACUAUCCCGUAUUUUCACAGCAUGUGUUUAUGCUCAUCUGAGUGCAUUAUUAUCUGUUAAGAGUAAGGUUGGAGUUUAACGUCAUGUGAUGUUGGGACUCGAUGGGGUGGUGCCUGGGUGCUCAGAACCACGCUGCUGUAGUUCAGAGACAAACACAACUGGUUGACGAGCGCGCGGGGCGAAUCUCUCUAGUUUUACCGCGUGUAACAAUUUCUGAAUGUCAGAGUGGAAAGUAAAACUGGUUCCGGGGACUUCGAUGUAAAUGAUCAUGGAACAAGAGGAGAGCAAAAUCUCGGUGUGGGUAUGCCGGGAAGAGAAACUGGUGUCCGGGCUGUCCAGACGCACCACCUGCGCGGACGUAGUGAAAGUGCUGCUGGAGGACCAGAACUUCCAGAAAGGCGCGAUGCUCACCGGUACUCCGCAGUCGUACUGUAUCGUGGAGAAAUGGAGAGGUUUUGAGCGCAUUCUGCCGAAUAAAACCAAAAUCCUGCGGCUGUGGAGCGCCUGGGGAGACGAGCAGGAGAACGUGCGCUUCGUCCUGGUCAGGAGCGACGCGUCGCUGCCCAACAGCGGGCCGAGGAGCGCCGAGGCGCGGGUCGUGCUCAGCAAAGAGAGCCCUUGCCCUACCAGAGCCACCAUGCAGAUUUCUCAGGAAAAACAGCGGAGGAUUGUGCGGAAAGCUUUUAGAAAGUUGGACAAAAUGAAUAGGAAGAAAGAGGAGGCUUCGAGAGACAAAUCAUCGGCGGAGAAAAUGGAAACGCUCGUACAUCUCAUAGUUUCGCAGGAUCAUACAAUCCGACAGCAGAUACAGCGAAUAAAAGAGCUGGAUAAUGAAAUCGAAAGGUGUGAAUCAAAAGUUCACUUUGACAGAAUGAAAAUACACGGCGUAAACUACGUGCAAGACACUUAUUUGCUCGACCAAGGCUUGGAUGCAGAUUCCAGCGCGCACCCGGACGCGUCCUUUGCGCAGUUUGAGGAAUACGCGGCGCGCUGCGACCAAGUCAUUCAACUUCAGGAGGAACUAGUCGAGAGGGAGGCUCUGAUGGAGAUACUUACAGGUGAAAUUCAAGAAGAGCUCAACCACAGGUGGAUGAGACGACGACAGGAGCAACUUUCCAACAAAGACGCGGAGAGCACUGGAGAACAAACGGCUUUCAAGGUGACUUCGGUUACCGAGGAGCCGGACCCAGUUGUUCCGGACCUCCUAACAGACAAUGGACUCCAAUUAGAGGAGGAGAGGAUCAAAACACAACUGGAUACGAGUUUAUACAUCGGACUGCGCUUGAACACCGAUCUGGAGACGGUGAAGAGCGACUUAGAUAUGAGUCAGGAGCUUUUGGACGCGAAGGAAAAGGAGUUGAGGGAAUUGCUCGAAAAGGUUCACAGCUUAGACGAGUUGGACGUGAAACAGGCGGAUGACAGCAAAGACAUUGGAGAAUCUGAACAACUGCCGUCCAUAGACAAUGUUUGGGUAGAGCAGGCGAGGGGACUGUCCAAAACAUGCACCAAUGAUGAUGAUUCGGACACCGGAUUGAGUUCAAUGCACAGCCAGGACUCGGAUAACGCGCCUGUUUGCGAGUCACUUGUGUGACAGACAAGAUUUCGCCUCUAUUGAUUUCUAGAAUGUUCUCUCUUCAUAAGAGAGGAACGCAUGUAAAUUAUACCAGUCUAGUGUUAUGACCACCUCACUCUCUAAUUGCCUCACUCAUACACAUGGAGAAUAGCUAAGGUGCAGUUUAUCAAAUUAUAACGGAUUAACCAAUGCACAGACUGUCCACUGCGUGCUGACUAAUGUAAUACCAAUAGAAUUAGAGUUUUGUGGGUAAAUAUAUAUUCAAAAUAUACAUUGUUAAAUAUUGAUGACUCAUCCUGCACUACAUUAAACUCAGAUGAUCUCUAGAAACAAGUAGGUAAAAUAUUAUAAUUCUUGGCUUAAAUGUACCUUAAAUCUAUUGGCUAUUUAAAAAUAAAAAAGUAUGAGGCUUUCAAUAUGCCUUUUUAAACAGGAAAUAUUUUAAGAGAGUAAAGAAAUGAGUCUAGCUGUAGUUACAUCAUAAACUUGAACCAUAAUUUGCUAGUCAGUUGCAGGUGGUAUGUAGGGGGUGGGGCAUUCUGACUCUAUUGAGCAUCUGAUUGGACAAAAAUCUGUGUAGUGCAGGAUGAGUUUAACCAGAUUUUUUUUUUUACGUUUUGCAUACAGAAUUCCUCAUAGCUAACAAGCAUGGACUAAAUAUCACAAA